AGAAAGGACCUUCUUGUGGUGGGAUAAUUGGCACCCUCUUGGUCCCUUAUAUGAUCGAUUUGGGGAUAGAGUGGUGCAUAAUGUUGGCAGAUCUUUAAGGGCUAAGGUGGCUUCAAUAGUGGAAAAUGGGGCUUGGAGAUGGCCUAGAUUAAGAAACCACCUUAUUCAGACCAUCGUCUCUCACACUCCUCAGAAUUUGGUUCCACACCCUGAGAUGGUGGAUUCAGUAAUUUGGGUGCCUCAUCCUAGUGGUAUUUUCACUAUUAAGUCUGCUUGGGAAGCUAUUCGGGAGAAAUUCCCUAUUCAGCCUCGAUUCAAGGUUAUUUGGGGUAGUCAUAAUGUCCCUAGAUGGUCUUUUAUACUUUGGUUGGCAGCUCUUCACAGACUGAGUACUAAGGACAGAUUGAGAAACUGGGGUAUGGCUUUGGAUGCUCUUUGCUGCCUCUGCCAGGAUGAGGAGGAAUCACAUCAUCACUUGUUCUUUGAUUGUUCAUAUUCUACACGUGUUUGGCAGUACUUGGUGUCAAAGAAUAGAGUGGCUGGCAUUCCUAAUAAUAUGGGAGAUGUCCUUGAUUGGUUGCAGGGCAAUGUAUCUUGGGAUACUUUCAGAUUUGUUAGUUUGAAGAGUACAUUGGCAGCUACUGUUUAUGGUCUUUGGCAGGAAAGAAACUCUCGUAUUUUUUGUGCAAAAAUGAAGGAUCAUACUCAGGUGGCAACAGAUAUAGCCAAUGGGAUUCGUGCUUUCCUUAGCUCCAGAAGGAAUGUAAAACAAUCCUUGCAAAAUCGGAGUAUUUGUGAGAUAUGGGCCUUGCCUCAUAGGAUCAUGCAAUCUGUAUAGUUUUUUUUUAUAGGGUGUUCUUUGAUUUUGUUUUCUUGUUUAGAGCUGUUAAGUAUGGCUGCCUGUUUUGUUGUUUCUUGUAAGGGGAUUCUAUCCCUUAUACUUUGUUUCUUGGUUUGAGCCUAAUAAAAUUUUGUGCACUUAUCAAAAAAAAAAA